UGAGCGUCCCCCCCGCCCGGCCCAGGGCAUGCCCCAGUUCACUUUCGCCUGCUUCUGUGGCCUCCACGGCUUCUGCAAGAUGAAGAAGAAGAAGGAGGACGUCCACAGACGGCGGGAAACGGCUGUGUGAACAGGACUGGGGCCCCUUCUUCAGCCCCGCAGGUGCGGGGCCUGCCGGCGCCCGCUUCUGGCCGAGGCCGGGAGCAGGAC